AUGUCAGAUCCAAAAGUAACAAAGCCCAAGCUAGCGGACACAUCUAACAAACCCGGAGAGAGAGUUAAACCGCUAAAGGUAAGAGAAACAACCAGAGAAAGCGACUUAAACGUACCAUGCAGUGUCCGUGGGAACCGCACGGUGAGCUGCUCACGGCGUCCGCAGAGAGAGAGGUCAGACACGGCCCCGAAUACAUGUAAAGUCGCCCUAGGUUCCCAGAGGAGAACCAGAGCCGCCUCCACGGCUCCUAAACUCAUCACCCAGCGUUGUGAUGCAAAACCUGGAAACAAAAAGUCCAGAAUUUACGAUAAACAAACCACUGCCGAAACAAAAUGCAGCCAACAGAGGGCGCAAGGUCAGCACCAACUCCCAUCUACCAGUCACACAGUGUUCACAGUGAUAACCCCUGAUCCAAAGAAGAGGCUAAAGAUACAGAAAAAGGCAGAGGAGGAACUUAUCGCCUUAGAGGACCUACGAGUAUCAAAAACCACAACCUAUGUCUCCAUUAACCCCAGUACUGUGGGAGGUUGUCUCAGUUUGGAGGAGGUUCGACAAAGGCAGCAGCAGGAAAUGACACAGGCAAAGAGGAAACCCAAACAGAUAAAAGAGCAUUUGAUGGUCCCAACAAGAUAACGUCAACUCCAAGAUGAC